UGACAUCAUGGCAGCGGAAGUGUAAACAGCUUUGAAACGGAAGAAAGCGGGUGAUUUAAGCUCAAACCUCGUUAACCUCCAGCCUGCAGGGGGCGCUGCAUGGACUUCACGGAGUGUCACCAGCACACGUGCUCGGUCGUCGCCUUGGCGACGCGGCAGGCGGACCACGCGCUGGUGAGGAAGCUGAUCGAGGAGGGAUACGGCGUGGACGUCCGAGACAACCGGGGCUGGAACCCGCUGCACGAGGCGGCCUCCUGCGGCGCCCACAAGGUGGCGCGGCUUCUCCUCGGGGCCGUACGCUCUAGGUGCGGGGACGGCGACUACGUGAACUCCCGGACGCACGACUCGGCCACGCCCCUCUACCUGGCCGCCAGGCAGGGACGCUUCCGUGUGGCGCGGCACCUCCUCCGGGCCGGAGCUGACGUGAACCGGACCACCGGCGAUGGCGCCAGCCCCCUCUUUGCGGCGGUGGACGGUGGACACAGGAAGGUGGCGGAGCUGCUGGUGCGAUGGGGGUCAGAGGUCAACCACGCCCACUCCGUGUCCGGCUGGAGCUGCUUGCACCAGGCUGUGUUUCGGGGGCACCCAGAAAUGGUGAGGUUCCUGGUGACCGUGGCCCGCAUCGACCCCACUGAUGACUUUGAGAUCACGCCCCUGUUUGUGGCAGCGCAGUACGGUCAGAGGGAGUGUCUGGACAUCCUGGCGGACGCCGGUGCCAACAUCAACCACCAGUCGCAAGACUUGGCCACGCCCCUGCUGAUCGCAUCGCAGGAGGGACACCUGAGCUGCGUGACCACGUUGCUGGAGCGCGGCGCCAACCCAAACCUCUACUGCAACGAGGAUAAGUGGCAGCUGCCCAUCCACGCUGCGGCAGAGUUCGGCCACAUCGGCAUCCUGGAGCGGUUGUUGCCCGUGACGGGCCGAUCUUGCGAUCGCUCUCCGGGGAAGGUGAGCCCGGUCUACUCAGCCGUUCUUGGAACGCAGGUGGAGAGCCUGCAGCUCCUGCUAAAGGAGGGCUACAGCCCCGACGCCCAGGACUGCGGAGCUUUCGGCUUCUCCUCCCCGCUGGCCGCCUGCCUCUUCCCCCACUACGAAAGCUCCGCCCCCCGGCAAGCCAGGCUGCACCGGGUGCCGGCAAUGGUGCGACUCCUCCUGGCUGCGGGGGCCCGGGUCGAGGGGGAGAUGUUCGGGACGUGUCUCGAGCUGGACCUGCCCUCCGUCCUGCAGCUGCUGCUGGCGAAUGCCGGUCUUCCCGCUGGAGAGCACCUGCAAGGUUUAGUGGCAGCUGGGCUGAAACGCGUCUCCAGCGCCGCGCGCUGGCUCCCCCUGCUGCUCCGGGCCGGUCUUAACCCCUCGCACUUCCUGCACCCUGCCCUGUUUGAGGAGGCCAAGGGUGAUGUCGUUAACUUCCUUCUGGAGUUCACUAAUUGGAAGAGGCUGCCCCUGUCCGUUCUGGCCUGUCUGUCAAAGCGGCAGGCGGAGUCUACCUGGGAGCCCCGCCCACACCUCUGUUUGCUGCCCCCCCUGAGCCACUUGUGUCGACUUGCUGUGAUGGACACGGUGGGCAGCCAGUUGCUGGCCGGGGAGGCCUUUGUGCGCCAGCUGCCAGUGCCCACCCUCCUCCAGGACUUCCUGCGCUUCACUGACGUCCUGGAGGCCCACGUCUUGCCCUGCCAGCAGCUACCGGAGGCGAGCGACAGUCUCGGGGAGAGUAUCGGCCCCCCCUAGCUGCACUAGCGUCCCCGUGAACUGCUCUGUUUCAGCAGCCUUGGGCCUGUCACCUGUGUGCAGUUCCUGCUCCCGCCAGACGAGGGGGCUGUCGGGACACUUUCUUUCUUUCAUGUGAUCUUUCUUUUGUAUCAAAGUAGUCCUUUAGUUUUUUGAUUAUUUAAAAACCGUCAAAAGUGUCUCAUCAUUGCAAAAUGAAAUAUGUAUUUGUAAAUAUUUGUGUAUUGCCUUUUUGCUAAUGGGGGAACCAGUUAACGGAGACAUUCUUACUGGGAGACAAUUUGUCAGUGACUAACAAGCACCAUCUGUCCUUUGGCCCCUAGCUGUUAGUCAGAUGCAGUCUGUCCAUCUGAAAGCUGAGAACCAGCAGGAGUUUCCUCUCAGAGAGUUAGGGGA